AUGGAUCCUGUCUUCGCUAUGGAGCAGUCCCUGCUGUCUCACCAGCGCCAGAUAAAGAACGCUAUCGCCCCAGGAGACUCACCUAUACAGAAAUUCUAUGAAGACAGUGUUAUAUUCAUAACUGGAGGUUCCGGUUUUCUCGGGAAACUCCUUAUCGAGAAACUUUUAAGAACUUGUGCACUCAGUAAAAUGUAUCUGUUAUUAAGAAGCAAAAAGGACAAACGGCCGAAUGAAAGACUCGUAGAAGCUUUAAAAGAUCCGUUAUUCGACGAGCUACGCAAGGAGAAACCAAAUUUUGCGGACAAAAUAUCUGUAAUACAAGGAGACGUCAGCGAAAUCAGAUUGGGAAUGAGUGAUGAAGAUUGGAAUACACUCAGCAAUCAAGUGCACGUCAUUUUCCAUAUUGCAGCGACCGUCAAAUUCGAUGAACAGAUAAAAACUGCGUUGCUAAUUAACGCACGCGGCACCCGAGAAGCUUUGCGUCUAGCCACUGACUGUAAGGACCUCCGAUCAUUCGUCUACGUGUCCACAGCAUACACACACGCAACUUGCGACCGUAUUGGUACGUCGGUACUAGAACGGUUCAAUGAAAGUCCAGCGCCGGCUAAUGCAAUGAUACAAAUGGCCGAGACCAUGUCUCAUGAGAAGUUGGAUGCUAUGACACCAUCGCUUAUCGGCAAGUGGCCCAACACCUACUCAUUUUCAAAGGCCGUUUCCGAGGAAAUUGUUCGCAUAAUGGGCGUGAAUCUGCCAGUUUGUGUAGUCAGACCAGCAAUUGUUAUAUCUACUUACCGAGAUCCCAUUCCUGGUUGGCUGGAUAUGAGCUGUGCAUAUGGACCAAGCGGUAUGAUAAUAGGGACAGCCCUCGGCAUCUCACAUAUAACGUACGGCGACAAAAAUAUUAAACUGGAUAUAGUGCCAGCCGACAUGGUGAACAACGCGACUAUUGUUGCCGCGUAUGAGACUGCCAGAAGACAGGAUAUAAAGACGACAAAGAUUUACACUGUGAGCAGCUCCAGAAAUCCCAUUUUAUUUGGUGAGCUAACGAAUAACCUUGUAAAUGCAGGGAAAAAAGUUGCCACAACGAAAGCUGUGUGGUACUGUUUCACUAACGAUGUUAAACAUAAGUUUCUAUAUAUUUUGUUGAGUUGGUUCCUACACUUCAUUCCUGCAUACAUUGUAGAUGGUGUGUGUCUGUUAAUCGGAAAGCCUCGCAUGUUCGUGAAGAUUUAUAAAAAAGUGAAAAAAAUGGGUUUAGCACUUGGUUACUUUACAACGCGCGACUGGAUUUUCAAAGACGACAAUUUGCGUGAAUUGUACCAAAGUAUUUCACCAAUUGACCAGCAAAUAUUUAACUUUGAUAUAAUGUCAAUAGACUGGAAAGAGAAUUCGAGCUUUUGGGCUGCUGGCUCAUUGAGGUAUCUCCUUAAAGACGACCUCAAAAACAAUGACCGUGCGUUAAGGAAACAAUCGAUGUUCAGAAUUUUACAUUACAUUGUAUCAGUACUAUAUCUAUUCGUUCUAUGGAAAUUAUUUAAACUUUGUAUCGAUACACUAUUAAAUAUGUUACUGUGA